AUGGGGCUAACCGUUUCCUCAGAUGGUGGUGGUGUGCGCGGCCUCUCUUCUCUCCUGAUCUUGAGAUACCUUCUGGUUCUUGUGACUCAGGUGUUGGUCGAGAAUGGAAAGCUACCGGCCGGACAUCGCAUGGUCAAACCACAAGAUCUCUUUGACAUUGCCGUCGGUACCAGCACGGGUGGACUAAUCGUCCUCAUGAUGGCCAAAUUGGACAUGUCCUUGGACGAAUGCAUAGAACAGUACAAGAAGCUGUCGAGAGACAUCUUUGCAAAGCAGCGUCCAAUUCUCAAGCGAGUCUUCGGCUCUGAUCUGUCGAAAUAUUCGGGCAAGAGGCUCGAAACAGCCGUUGAGGAUUUGUUGAAGUCCAGCAAUCAACCAGUCGACCUGGAGAUGCGGUCGGCCACUCAGCAGAAUAACAUGAGAGGCACCGUCCUCUGCCACGAGAUGCCACUCCGGAACGAUGUUUUCUUUUGCACGGAUGAAUGCCAGGGACCGUAUAGACACCAUAUGCUGAGGCACGAUCUCAAAGUACGGCAUGCUGCACGAGCGACUUCUGCAGCUCCCUCAUAUUUUGAAGAGAUGAUUAUCGAAGAGAGAGCUUUUGUGGACGGUGGUUAUGGCAAGACCAACAAUCCUUCGUGGGAAAGUCGAAUCCACUAUGAAGCGAAUCACGAGGUUGCCACCACCAGACAGCUCGUCAUGAUCAACAUCGGAACCGGGACGCUACCGCAGAACGCUGAUAUUCCGCGGCUCCAGAAGCACCCGUGGUGGACGAGACUCUUGCCAAAGAGCCUAGUGACAAUGUCUCAUCUUUUGGCAGACCUUGUCAAAAUGGCCACGAACUCUGAGGAUGUAGCAAGUCAGUUGGAGUAUCUAUCGGAAGAUAACCCCGAACGACUUUUCUACAAGCGAUUCAGCGCCGACACAGGCAUCCAUGACAUCAAAUUGGACGACUGGCAGGCCGUGGUGGGCGCCAACGGUCCGAGUGUCAUCGAGACGAGGACAGAAGCCUAUCUCAACGACGCAGCCGUCCGCAGCAAGUUGAGACAAGCAGCGACAAAGCUGGCAGAAGUCUAUGUUCAACGUCAAGAACACGUCGACGCACCCUCCUCGACAAAUGAAGUGAACAUCCAGGAAGAUAUCAACGUCUCUGUUGUCUCGGUCGUGCCCAUCCCGUUGAAUGUUGCUCAUGCAGUACCAAGCCUGGUGACAGGAUCUGAAUUGACGCGGUCCCCUGGUCCUUCCCCACCACGGACUCCAGAUGUACAAAUAGGCCAAGGAUCAACAGGACAGCCAGUGGAUGUUGCCCAGAACAAGGAAAUCCUGCAAGGCCAAGGGGGACAGUUUGAACAGACGAUUCCUGGCCAUGGCAACUGCGACGCACCUACCUCGCCACCUAUAUCUAUCACUGUCUGA